AGCAUAUGCUCCCUAAUAUUCUGCCCUUCUUCUUCCCCAAUAAAACCUGCACCCUCCCACACUUCUUCUCCCUCACUACCAUCAUCACCAAACCCUUCACUUUCUUCCCACUCCGAUUUUGGGUUUUCGGAAACCUGCAGUAUUAGAUGAAGUUCGGGAAAAGGCUGAAGCACCAAAUGCAGGAGACGUUGCCGAGCUGGCGUGACAAGUUCUUAUCAUACAAGGACUUGAAGAAGCUUGUGAGGCUGAUUUCUUCGGCUCCAGCGGUGUUGAAUGGAAAGUCCGGUAAGGCGGAGGCGGAGUUUGUGUACCUGUUGAACAAUGAGAUCGACAAGUUCAAUGCCUUCUUCAUGGAGCAGGAGGAGGACUUCAUUAUCCGGAAUAAGGAAUUGCAGCAGAGAAUAAAAAAAGUAACUGAGACAUGGGGACCGAAUGGUAGUCAUGCUUCAAAGACUAUAUAUGAAGAUGAAGUCGGGAAGCUUAGAAAAGACAUUGUUGAUUUCCACGGUGAAAUGGUGCUUUUGGUCAACUACAGCAAUAUCAACUACACAGGAUUGGCCAAAAUACUGAAGAAGUAUGACAAGAGAACAGGUGCUCUGCUGCGCUUGCCAUUCAUCCAAAAAAUACUAGAGCAGCCCUUCUUCACCACUGAUCUUAUCUCAAAGCUUGUCAAGGAAUGUGAAGGCAGCAUCGAUGCAGUGUUCCCAGUGCAGGAAGAAGAGGAGAGGAAAAAAGAAGUAAGGGAAACAAUAACAGUUGGCGGGGAAGGAAUAUUUCGAAACACAGUUGUAGCUCUACUGACAAUGCAAGAAAUCAGAAGAGGAAGCUCUACUUACAGUCAGUAUUCUCUACCACCAAUCAACAUGCCUGCAGACUCGGAUCUCAUCCAGUUAGUCCAACUCAACCCUCCCAUAGCAAUAAUCUAGUGACAGCUAGUAGCUAGGGAGUUAAGCAGACAAACUGGAGAUAGCUUUAUAUAAUAUAUAUACAGGAUAGCACAGGAACUGGAAAAUGAUCACACGAUUCUUAUGUAAUCGUUUCAGAGAACCUGCUACAGACUACUGUCGUGUAUCUUAUCAUAUAUGGUACUAGGUAGCAAGGAGAAGAGUUAUGUUUUAGUGAUUAGUCUUUUUGUAAUUUGGUUUGGUUCAUAAUAGUUGGAGAAACCAUAUGCUAGAGUUGAUCAGAGGAUCGAUCACAGGCCAAUAUUUCAUUAGCUAGAGAAUUUGACAUGUGUUAUCACGGUUAUGGUUUAAGACCACAUCUAUAUCGUAUAGAUCUAACAAGCAACAAAUCUACGAAAAAGAAAUUGAAACAAUCUAUAUGAUCGAUUAAAAGGCUGGUAGGAAAUGCCUGACAAUUGGGAUUCUGACAGAGAUUUCUUGAAACACAAAGAAAUCUUUGUUUUGCGAGCUAGCUAGUUUUUCAUCACUUACUUGGAUGGUGCUGGAACAAGGUUAAGCCAGGAAUUCCAAAACGAAGCCUAAGGCAAGAAUCAUUGAGCCAAGAAGCAAGUGCCCAAGUUUUUUUGUCGAUCUUCGUCUUUAAGAGAAUCCCGGAAAAUCAAAUCCUCACAAUAAAGUAAGGUUGAGGCUACUUCCACUCUACCAUUUGCUCAUCUCAUCAUGCUUGCCUCUCAUAAGAAAAUCUAAAGAGAUCGAGACUGCCAUCAACAAGAAAGAAAACAAAAAAAGAGAUCAGAUAAUAAGCAUGGACUUUGGUGUUUUGCUUUUUCCUCAAUUCAACUUAGACCAGACCCUCUGUGGCUUUAGACAUAUUUAUGUCUUCCCGAGGCUUUGCGAAGAUUGGGAAUUAGCAGGCUAACUAAUCCUACUCGUGCUACAUUGGCU